AUUAUUUGUUUUUAGAUUAUAAACAAAUUUAGAAAGGGGUUAAGAUGUCUAGCAGAUGGUUUCAUUCUAACAUUAAUGGCAAAGAGUCAGAAGAGAUAUUGUUGGAAUCAGGUGUAGAUGGGAGUUUUCUAGUGAGACCUAGUACCAGUAAAGUUGGAGAUUUUACCAUUUCCGUAAGAUACAAUGGCGAAGUAACUCAUAUUAAAAUACAAAAUGAUGGGGAUUGUUAUUGCUUGGCAGGUAGUCCUGAUCCAUUUGCUACACUCCAUGGUUUGGUUCAGUAUUACAUGGAUACACCAAAAUCUAUUAAGGAAAGAUCUGGUGGCUUUAUUGAACUUUUGUAUCCAGUUCGUUCAAAUGACCCUACAACCGAAAGGUGGUACCAUGGUCCCAUUAGCUCAAAAGAAGCUGAAAGAAUGUUAUUGGCAAAAGGUCGCCAAGGUAGUUACCUUGUUCGAGAGAGCCAAAGUCAGCCCGGACAGUAUGCGUUAGCUGUACGAUGCAAUAAUGGUAUUCAACAGAUUAUAAUACGACACCGAGAAACAAAAUAUGAUAUAGGGUCUGGACCUACUUUUUUAAGUUUAAGGGAACUUGUUGAAUACUAUGUGCAGAAUCCAAAGUUGCAUGAUAUAAAAGAUCAAUCUCCUAUAAAAUUGAGAGAGCCAUUCCAAAGCACAAGUUUUAUUGCAUCAUCUGUUGAAGAACGUAUGGAAGUCCUGAUGAAAGAAAAUCCAAAAGGUGCUACUGGUUUUCGCGAAGAGUUUGAGCAACUUCAAAGAUUUGAUCACAACGAUGGUGUAUAUACUUGCAGUGAUGGUCAAACAGAGGAAAAUAAGUGGAAAAAUAGAUAUAAAAAUAUUUUGCCAUAUGAUCACUCCCGAGUCAGGUUAAAAGGUGGCAAUCCGAAAGAUAUUGGAAGAGAUUAUAUAAAUGCAAACUAUAUUGAUGUUGAGUUACAAAGUUGGAAAGUAAAGUAUAUUGCUUCCCAGGGUUGUCUACCGUCUACAAUAGGCGAUUUUUGGAAAAUGAUAUACCAACAUAACUCUUCCAUCAUUGUCAUGUUAACGAACGAAGUAGAGGCUGGCAAAAGUAAAUGUGCAAAAUAUUGGCCAAAUUUAGGCCAAUCAGUAGAAUAUGAUAAGAUAGUUGUUGAUAAUAUGUUGGAACAUAAAACCAAAACAUUCACAAUGCGCGAGCUAAGGAUAUAUCACUCUGAUAAGGCUAAAAAAGCUCCACUGAUGGUUUACCAGUAUCACUUUACUGAUUGGCCGGAUCACGGUGCACCUGAUGACCCUGGCGCUAUUCUUGGUUUAUUAAAUGAGAUUCACACAAAGCAUGAUUCGUGCGGACGAAAUGCACCUAUUGUUGUACAUUGCAGUGCUGGUAUCGGUCGAACAGGUACUGUGAUGGUAAUUGAUGUAUUGAUGCAUCUCCUUGACGAAAAAGGAUUAAACACGGAGAUUGACAUCAAGAAAACAGCUCAACUUUUACGUACACAAAGAUCUGGAAUGGUGCAGACCGAGAUGCAGUACCGUUUUGUUUAUCAAGCAAUCAAACAUUUUAUUGAUACAGAAGGGAAACGAAUCGCGGCAAAAAAGGACAUGACUACCUCUGGCCGACCGUCUUAUGGAAAUAUCGAUUUCUCCAAGCCUCGAACUCCUCUAUCUGAAGACGCGCAGUCUCCAACAAAUCCUCGCACAUUGCUACCAGGAAAACCCGUACCACGCCCUCCUUCAUCAUCUGUAAGAGAACCCAAGACUUCUCCACAAAGAUCAAAUGCACUGAGGAGGCAAACUGAACCAUCAAUAUCAGAAGCUCAUAAAAAGCCGAAACCUUUACCUCCUCUAAGUUGAACAAGUUGUAAAUGAAUAAAAGCUUGCUGGUUGAGCUUGGUAAUUAUAAUGUCGAUCCCACUGCUUCCUCUACCAUAUUGGAUGGCCUACCGUAUUGUAUGCGAUGUAUUUUCUACAGAAAUUUGUUUAUAAUUAUUCAGUUAAUUUAACCUGAGAAUGUUUAUUUAGAAUUUUGAUGCAAAAUGUUUUUUUUGGUGUUUUUUAUAUCCUAGCUAUUUUCAGCUUCUUUUACAAUAUUUUAUACGGUUGUAAUAAGUUGAAAUUUUAUAUGAUUUUAUAUUCACGAGUAGAGUUAUUGUUGACAUGAAGGAAUUUAGCAUAGAUCGGACUGUUUAGUGUCCUUUUGUGUAGGAAAUAUAAGCGUAAGUUAUUGUCUAAUCAUUUCUCGUAGCUAGACGUUUUUCUCUAGAUCUGUAUACAGCAUUUUAUUGUUGUUCAAUCUAUCAACCUUACCAUCAAAUAAUGAUGCAUAAAAUUUCGUGUAGUUUAAAUAAGAUGUUGUCUUUUAUCCUUUUUUUAAAUGUUUGAAUCCCUUUGAUUUUGUAGUACUUUUUAUGAUUCCUGCUUUUUCAAAGUAUUCGAACUUGUUAAUAUUUUGCG